AUGAACUCUCCCGUGACUCGGAUUUCCUCCUCUCCAGUGCAGUUAAUCCACCCUAGGAAGCUCUUCUUCCCCACGCCGGUUGCCGCCCCGAGGGCGCCCAUCUCCGCCGCCCGCCCGCGGUGGAGGGGCCUCGACGGCAGCGUUGUCGCGGUCCUCGUCGUCCUCCUCUGCGGCACGAUAUGCUCCCUCGCCCUGAACGCUGUGGUGCGCUGCGCCCUCCGCUGGUCCGGCCGGGGCUCCGGCGGGGCCUCCAGAGGGCGGGCGGCGCUGGAGGGUUUGCCGGUGCUGGCCUACUCCUCCGGCAUGGAGCUCGUCGGCGCUGCGGCGGCGGAGUGCGCCAUCUGCCUCGCGGAGUUCAGCGAAGGGGAGCGCGUUAGGGUGCUCCCCCCCUGCAACCAUGGGUUCCAUGCGAAGUGCGUCGACCGGUGGCUGGCGGCGCAUUCCUCCUGCCCCUACUGCAGAGGCUGCCUCGCCGCCGGCGGUGGGCAGCAGGAUCGCCGCCCGCGAUCCCGCAGCCGGGGAAGCGCCGCCAGAGCUGAUGAUGAUCGCCCCCCACCGCUCUAA